AUGGCUGAACUCGACACUCUGGACAUCAUUGUCCUGGGCGUUAUCUUCCUCGGAACGGUCGCAUACUUUACAAAGGGAAAGCUAUGGGGUGUUACCAAGGACCCUUAUGCCAAUGGCUUCGCUACCGGCGGUGUUUCUAAGCCUGGGCGCACGAGAAACGUCGUUGAGGCAAUGGAGGAAUCUGGCAAGAACUGCGUCGUCUUCUACGGUUCUCAGACUGGUACUGCUGAAGAUUAUGCCUCUCGUCUCGCCAAGGAGGGUAAGAGUCGCUUUGGACUCAACACUAUGAUUGCCGACCUUGAAGACUACGAUUUCGAUAACCUGGAUACUGUUCCUAGCGACAACAUCGUCAUGUUCGUGCUCGCAACUUACGGUGAAGGAGAGCCUACCGAUAAUGCAGUUGAUUUCUACGAGUUCAUCACCGGCGAGGAUGCCAGCUUCAACGAGGGCAAAGAUCCUGCUCUGGAUAACCUCAACUUUGUCGCUUUCGGUCUCGGAAACAACACUUACGAACACUACAACUCUAUGGUCCGCAACGUUAACAAGGCUCUUGAAAAACUUGGCGCUCACCGCAUCGGCGAAGCCGGUGAAGGUGACGAUGGAGCUGGUACAAUGGAAGAGGAUUUCUUGGCCUGGAAGGAUCCCAUGUGGGAGGCCCUUGCUCAGAAGAUGGGACUGGAAGAGCGUGAAGCCGUUUACGAGCCCAUCUUCGCCAUCAACGAGCGCGAAGACCUUUCCCCUGAGACCAAUGAAGUCUACCUCGGUGAACCCAACAAGCUGCAUCUCGAAGGCACCGCCAAGGGACCCUUCAACUCUCACAACCCUUACAUUGCCCCCAUCGCCGAGUCCUACGAGUUGUUCUCUGCCAAGGACAGAAACUGUCUCCACAUGGAAGUCGACAUCAGCGGUUCUAACCUCAAGUACGAGACUGGAGAUCACAUUGCCAUCUGGCCCACCAACCCUGGUGAGGAGGUUAAGCGAUUCCUUGACGUUCUUGAUCUCUCGGGUAAGCAGCACAGUGUCAUCACCGUCAAGGCUCUCGAGCCUACCGCCAAGGUCCCUUUCCCCAACCCUACGACAUACGAUGCUAUUCUGCGAUACCACCUCGAGAUCUGUGCCCCUGUUUCCCGUCAAUUCGUCUCUACUCUCGCUGCUUUCGCCCCCAACGACGCUAUCAAGGCCGAGAUGAACCGCCUCGGUAGCGACAAGGAUUACUUCCACGAGAAGACCGGCCCUCACUAUUACAAUAUUGCUCGUUUCCUCAACACCGUCAGCAAGGGUGAGAAGUGGACCACGAUCCCCUUCUCCGCCUUCAUUGAGGGUCUCACCAAGCUCCAGCCCCGCUACUACUCCAUUUCUUCCUCCUCUCUGGUUCAGCCUAAGAAGAUCUCUAUCACUGCCGUCGUUGAGUCCCAGCAGAUUCCUGGCCGAGAUGAUCCUUUCCGUGGAGUUGCCACAAACUAUCUCUUUGCCCUGAAGCAGAAGCAGAAUGGUGACCCUAGCCCAACACCUUUCGGUCAGACCUACGAGCUCACAGGCCCCCGCAACAAGUACGAUGGUAUCCAUGUUCCCGUCCAUGUUCGUCAUUCCAACUUCAAGCUCCCCUCGGAUCCUGGCAAGCCUGUCAUUAUGAUCGGCCCCGGUACUGGUGUUGCUCCUUUCCGCGGUUUCGUCCAGGAGCGUGCUAAGCAAGCCCGUGAUGGUGUCGAGGUCGGAAAGACUCUUUUGUUCUUUGGUUGCCGAAAGCCCAGUGAGGAUUUCAUGUACGAGAAGGAGUGGCAGGAAUACAAGGAGGCUCUUGGCGAUAAGUUCGAGCUUAUCACCGCCUUUUCUCGACAGGGUUCCAAGAAGGUCUAUGUCCAACACAGGCUUAAGGAGCGAGCCCAGGAGGUCAGCGAGCUCCUUGCUCAAAAGGCAUACUUCUAUGUUUGUGGUGAUGCAGCAAACAUGGCUCGCGAGGUCAACACUGUCCUAGCCCAGAUUGUUGCUGAGGCACGUGGAGUCUCCGAGGCCAAGGGUGAGGAGAUCGUGAAGAACAUGAGGUCGGCGAACCAAUACCAGGAGGAUGUUUGGUCAUGA